AUGUUAAUGUGGAUGGAUCUGUGGACUGUAUGUGAUUGGCCUGAAGCCGCUGGUUGUAAAAGUAAUGCAAGUUCUGAAGAGGAUAUUGAAGGUAGUGGUGAUCCUGAUAUAGAUUCUGGAGAAGAUGUAACAAAUGAGUGUCCAGAUAAUUAUGAUGAACAUCUUCUGUUACCACAUGAAACAGAUUGCGACAAAUUCUAUUAUUGUGUAUUUGGUGAGAAAGUAUUAAGAGAAUGUGGUCCCGGAACACAUUUCAAUCCAAUACUGCAGGUCUGCGAUUGGCCUGAAGCCGCAGGUUGUCAAAACAGUACAUUGAGCUCUGAAGAAAAUGAUGAGAUUGAAGGUAGUGGUGAUCCUGAGAUAGGUUCUGGAGAAGAUGUAAACGAGUGUCCAUACGAUUUUGAUGAACAUCUUCUGCUACCACAUGAAACAGAUUGCAAUAAAUUCUAUUAUUGCGUAUUUGGUGAAAAAGUAUUGAGAGAAUGUGGUCCCGGAACACAUUUCAAUCCUACAUUACAGGUCUGCGAUUGGCCUGAAGCCGCAGGUUGUCAAAACAGUACAUUGAACUCUGAAGAGAUUGAAGGUAGUGGUAAUCCUGAUAUAAGUUCAGGAGAAGAUCUGUCAAACAAAUGUCCAAACGAUUUUGACGAACAUCUUCUGUUACCACAUGAAACAGAUUGCAACAAAUUCUAUUAUUGUGUUUUUGGGGAAAAAGUGUUAAGGGAAUGCGGUUAUGGAACGCAUUUCAAUCCAACAUUACAGAUCUGCGAUUGGCCUGAAGCCGCAGGUUGUCAAAACAAUACAUUGAGUUCUGAAGAGAACGAGGAGAUUGAAGGUAGUGGUGAUCCUGUGAUAGAUUCAGGAGAAGAUAUAUCAAACGAAUGUCCACACGAUUUUGAUCAACAUCUUCUGUUGCCACAUGAAACAGAUUGCAACAAAUUCUAUUACUGUGUAUUUGGGGAAAAAGUGUUAAGAGAAUGCGGCCCUGGAACACAUUUUAAUCCCGUAUUGCAGGUUUGUGAUUGGCCCGAAGCAGCAGGUUGUAAAAACAAUUCAUCAAGCACUGAAGACAGCGAGCAGAUUGAAGGCAGUGAAGCACCGUGCGAUGAGGACGCAAGAUUACCGAACGGUUGCCCCGUAUGUCCCGACGUACACCUGCUCCUGCCUGCUGAAGACUGCGGCCAGUUCUACUACUGCGUACACGGAGACAAAGUGAUAACAAAUUGCCCAGCUGGACUUCACUUCAAUCCUGUCCUGCAGGUAUGCGACUGGCCACAAAGUGCUGGAUGUGAAGCGACCAGACCUCCUUGCACGCCAGGAGGUGGUGGUUGUGGUGGCAGCACUACUACCAGUACCACAACUAGUACCACUACUACCAGUACCACAACUACAAGUACCACACCCAGUACUACUACCACAGAAGAGCCAUGUGAAACAGAAGCACCGUGCGAUGAGGACGCAAGACUACCGAACGGCUGCCCCGUAUGUCCCGACGUAAGCUUGCUCCUGCCUGCUGAAGACUGCGGCCAGUUCUACUACUGCGUGUCCGGAGAGAAAGUUAUCACAGAUUGUCCAGCCGGACUUCACUUCAAUCCUGUGCUGCAGGUAUGCGACUGGCCACAAAAUGCUGGAUGUGAACCGACCAGACCUCCUUGCACGCCAGGAGGCGGUGGUUGCGGAGGCACUACUACUACUACAACGUUAGCUCCUAACACUACCGAGGCUAUAACUACUCCUACUACUACUGUAGCUCCUAAUACGACAGAGGCUAUAACUAGCACUAGUACAACUAGCACUCCUAAUUGUACUCAGCCUGCAACCACUAAUACGACAGAGGCUGUAACUACUCCUACUACUACUGUAGCUCCUACCAGCCCUCCCUCUAAAUGCGUGGAAGAAUGCAACCCACUCCCAUGGGCAGAUGACGACUGCGACAAAUACUGGAUUUGCGAAGGAGAAAAUGAAAUCCUAGUGACAUGCUCUGAAGGUUUACAUUUCAAUCCCAACACUUUGACUUGCGACUUUAUAUGUAAUGCGGGUUGUGUAAGAAACAAAAUACAGAGGACUUCAGAUGGUAGCGGUGUGAGGUUAUAUGUCCCGUUGGACCAAGUCGAUUCGCUUAUUGCCGAGCUGUCAAAACAGUAA